AUGGAUAACUUCUCGCUGAAAGUUCGCGUGUUCGAUGCGUUCCCCAAAGUGGCGCCCGAAGCUUCUGUGCGAUCGCAACGUGGCGGUUUUUCCACCAUCCUCACCGUUUUUUGCGGCUUGUUGAUCAUAUGGAUCCAGAUUGGAGGAUAUCUCGGCGGCUACAUCGACAGGCAAUUCUCUGUGGAUAACGAGACGCGAAAAGACCUCAACAUCAACUUGGACAUGGUUGUGGCCAUGCCAUGCCAGUUCAUUUCGACAAACGUCAUGGACAUCACUAGCGAUCGAUACUUGGCCGGGGAAGUGCUCAACUUCCAAGGAACAGGCUUCUACGUGCCUGAGUUUUUCGCUCUCAACAGAGAAAACAAUGACUAUGACACCCCUGAGCUCGAUGAAAUCAUGCAAGAGACUCUCCGGGCAGAAUACGGCAUUGCCGGUGCUCGGGUCAAUGAAGAUGCGCCAGCGUGUCAUAUUUUCGGCACCAUUCCAGUGAACCAUGUACGCGGCGAGUUCUUCAUUGUGCCAAAGGGAAGCAUGUAUCGGGAUCGGCUGCUGAUUGAUCCCAAGGCAUAUAACUUCUCGCAUGUGAUUUCGGAAUUCUCGUUUGGUGACUUUUACCCAUUCAUCACCAACCCAUUGGACUUCACUGCAAAGGUGACUGAAGAGAAUCGCCAGGCCUACAGGUACUUUGCCAAGCUUGUGCCUACACACUACGAAAAACUUGGCUUGGUUGUGGACACCUACCAGUAUUCGCUUACAGAAAUCCACAACGUUGACCACAACCGGGGCAUACCGCCACCAGGAAUCUUCUUCGACUACUCGUUUGAGCCAAUCAAGCUCACCAUCAGGGAAAAACGUAUUGGCUUUUUCGCAUUCGUUGCACGGCUCAUGACCGUUCUUUCAGGCUUGCUUAUAGCUGCAGGCUACUUGUUCCGAUUGUAUGAAAAGUUGUUGGCGCUCUUGUAUGGUAAAAAAUAUGUCGAGAGAGACACCGAAAAGAGACUGGGAGGUCUUCUUGAUAAGCUGUUUACAGAAAAGAACAUUUGA